CAGGCUUUCAUUCCGUCGAGGUUCUGUAUAUUGUGACGAAAGUAGAGUCGCAAGCAGAAGUCUUGCAUCCACGUCGUUUUCCAAUACCUGGCAAGUAACAAGAUAUGGUUCAUAUUACUCAAGUUCUUCUAGUGGAAGUGCAAACAUGUAUUGYAGUAACUUUAACGCUGAAGAAGACUGGAGCGAAGGAAAUAAUACAUUUACAUAUGUAGGAAGCYAUAGAGAUGACUGGUGGAAUGUAAGGAUAACUGACCGUGGAAAUUGGAUUGGUAAAAUCACACAUUCCAAUUCUUACAACUACAUGCAACUGGAAGCAAGGGUCAACAGAACCGUCGGCGGUGUCUUCAAUAACUCUUCGCCAGUCUCCAGUCUUCCACUAACGGUCUACGUGGUUCAAGGUAUCCCAUCAAUCAUCAGAAUACCUGUUGAAGAUCCUGAUGGUGACAUAGUGCGUUGUCGUUAUGCAAGCUACCAGGAAUGUUACAGAGGAAUGUGUACUUACUUUCCUCAUGGAGUACUAGACGAGGGAAAUUGUAGUCUCAGCUAUAAUGGCGGUGGUUAUGUAAAUCAACUCUUCCCAGUCAUUUUGAAGCUUGAAGAUUUUCCUUCAGGGACAACGCAGUUUGAUUCGUCUAACAGUUUGGGCUCAGUGGAUCUGCAGUUUGUAGUGCACGUUGUCACCUUAACAGAUACGGUUCGCAUUCAAGGGGGAGGGUCCUCUGGUCGAUUGCAAGUUCUUCAUAAUGGAGUAUGGGGUACAGUGUGUCAUGAUAGAUGGUCCAUGGCCAACACCCACGUGGUUUGCCGUCAGCUUGGCUUUGCUGGUGCCCUUUCUUAUCAUAACAGUGGAGGAGGAACAGGACAGAUAUGGCUUGAUGAAGUACGAUGUUCUGGCAACGAGAGUGCUAUUCAACAGUGUAGACAUGGUGGAUGGGGAAGUCACGACUGUAGUCAUGGUGAAGACGUCAUCGUAUCCUGCUAUCAUACUGAAUGCCGUUACUACACUGUGCUGAACACAACAGACCGAGCCGCAAGCUAUAGUGGAAUAACGAACAAGUGUGAUAGGUACGACAUCAUCCCUGGAUGGUAUCGCUUCAUGGGAGAUGCUGGAACUGCCAUAGCGAAAUCAUGUGUUGAUAUGAACCACUGCGGAACUUAUGUCCCAGGAUGGAUGCGAGGUUCUCAUCCCACCCAAGCAGAGGGUAUCGUGACUCGUAUGGUGUGCUAUCACUGGAAUAGUAACUGCUGUAAGUUGAGCAACAGUAUUCGUGUGAGAAACUGUGUAGGGUUCUACGUGUACGAGCUUGGCAGACCCCCAUCUUGUAACUAUCGUUACUGUGGCAGCGGAAAUAGUACGAAAAACACAUGCGCAAGUAGUCCUUGUCGUAAUAAAGGCACGUGUAUUAUUACAGUAAAUGGUCACAGGUGCUAUUGUCCAUCUGGUUACAGCGGGACACAAUGUGAAACAAACAUGUACCCGUGUAACAGUGGCCCUUGUCAUAAUGAUGGUACUUGUAGCAAUGGUUAUAAUGGAAGAUAUUACUGCUCCUGUCCUAAUGGAUACAACGGUAGUCAAUGUGAAAUAGGUGAGGUGCGCAUUCAAGGAGGAGGGUCCGCUGGUCGAUUACAAGUUCGUCAUAAUGGAGUAUGGGGUACAGUGUGUGACGAUGGCUGGUCCAUGACCAACACCCACGUGGUUUGUCGUCAGCUUGGAUUUGAUGAUGCCCUUUCUUAUCAUAACAGUGGAGGAGGAACAGGACAGAUAUGGCUUGAUGAUGUACGAUGUUCUGGCAGCGAGAGUGCUAUUCAACUGUGUAGACAUGGUGGAUGGGGAAGUCACAACUGUGGUCAUGGUGAAGACGUCUUUGUAACCUGCUAUCCCACUGCAUGCAGAAACUACACCAUGCUGAACACAACAGACCGAGCAGCAAGCUAUCGUGGAUCAACGUACUAUUGUGAUAGGUACGACAUCACCCCUGGAUGGUAUCGCUUCAUGGGAGAUGCUGGGACUGCCAUAGCGACAUCAUGUGUUGAUAAGUACCACUGCGGUACAUAUUCCCCAGGAUGGAUGAAUGGUUCUCAUCCCACCCAAGCAGAGGGUAUCGUGACUCGUACGGUGUGCUAUCACUAUAGUAGUAACUGUACGAACAACAUAUGCGCAAGUAGUCCUUGUCGUAAUAAAGGCACGUGUGCUACUACCUACUAUGGCUACAGGUGCUAUUGUCCAUAUGGUUACAGCGGGACACAAUGUGAAACAAACAUGUUCCCGUGUAACAGUGGUCCUUGCCGUAACGGGGGUACUUGCCAUAAUUAUUAUUGGCUUAAUAGAGGAUAUCACUGUUCGUGUCCUAGAGGAUACACUGGACAACAAUGUCAGACACACAUGCCGUGUACUAGUAACCCUUGUCGUAACGGAGGUACUUGUCAGGGUGGAGUUGGCUGGUACAGAUGUUCGUGUCCUUAUGGAUACACUGGACAACAAUGUCAGACUUACAUGUACCCGUGUAACAGUCGUCCUUGCCGUAACGGGGGUACUUGCCAUAAUAAUUAUUGGUAUAAUGGAGGAUACUACUGUUCGUGUCCUAGAGGAUACACUGGACAACAAUGUCAGACAUACAUGCCGUGUACUAGUAACCCUUGUCGUAACGGAGGUACUUGUCAGGGUGGCGUUGGCUGGUACAGAUGUUCUUGUCCUUCUGGAUACACUGGACAACAAUGUCAGACUCACAUGGCGUGUACUAGUAACCCUUGUCGUAACGGAGGAACUUGUAGGAAUGGUUAUUAUGGAGGUUAUUACUGUUCUUGUCCUUCUGGAUACACUGGGCAACAAUGUCAGACUAACAUGCCGUGUAACAGUGACCCUUGUCGUAACGGAGGUACUUGUAGGAAUGGUUAUUAUUGGUAUAAUGGAGGGUAUUACUGUUCUUGUCCUUCUGGAUACACUGGGCAACAAUGUCAGACUUACCUUAAAACAAGCGUUACAUGUGGAGAAAACUUUAUGCAGAUUGACUUGAGAGAUCAGUACUUUCCCGGCCUGAACUGGCGCAGUCUGCACCUCAAGAACACAUCGUGUACAGCAACAAAGACAGCCUACACCAUGAGACUACGUGCUCCUCUAGAUGGCUGUGGUGUGACUUACGUAGAACAUGACAAGAAAAUUACAUUCUGGAACGAGGUAAGAAAUGAGCAGAGUGUGUGGCCAAGCUGGGGUGGAAAUCUUUCUGCCAUAACGCGAGGUGAAAACCUUCUUAUUCCAUUUUACUGCGAGUACGRACGAGAAAAGAUUGUCAGUACGAGUUUCAGUCCAUCGAGGAAAUUAGUCUACGCUUCUGAAGGAUCUUAUGGCAACUUCACGUUCACCAUGGAUCUCUACCAGACUUCUAGAUAUUCAACACCUUACUCCCCUUUCGCUUACCCAGUGGUUGUCUACCCAAACCAGCCUCUGUGGGUUCAGUAUGAAGUCAAGAAUACCAACGCUGAUCUUGUCGUGUUUGCUGAGAAUUGUCGUGCUACCACUUCAACUAACCCAGACUCAUUUCCACAACAUGUGUUUCUGGAGAGAGGAUGCACUCGCGACCCAACCAUGGUCUACUGGUACAACCCGUACAGCAAUGUCCAACGGUUCUCCAUCAGAUCAUUCAGUUUCGUGUACUCCAACAGCUUCCUGGUGUAUCUACACUGUGAGCUGAUUGUUUGCCAUCGUAACUCAACUAACUCACGGUGCGCACAAGGUUGUAUCAGUUCCAGAAGACGUCGAGAGGCCGUUGAUGGCUCAAAUAUACAUGACUUGUCUGUUGGACCACUGAAAGGAUCAGACGCACAGACGGGAACUGACGAACAGGGUGGAGAAGAAACAUCGAGCGCCAACACAGCAACCAUUGGUUCAGUUUCGGUUGUUGGUGCAGUUGCACUUCUAGUGGCCAUUCUCCUGUCGGUCAAAAUGUUCCACAAUCGUCGCAAUCKCGUUCCUCCGARGGAAACUCCACCGCCAGCCAUCGUCAUGAACCAAACCGUGAACUCGUAUGAACAACACGUGAUGGAAGACGGCGAAAGAACGGAGAUUGAAAUAUAGUAUGUAGUGACACUGCACGGUAGAAACACGAUAUGAAAUAUAUUUUAAGCAAUCACUCUUGUAUAGACCUYAUUCGAGUUGCAAAUUACCGCUGUGUUCCUUGAUAGCAGACUCGUUUACACAGGGUUAGCCUCGAAUCAGUGUCUUAUUAUUCAAAAAUACCAACGGUAAAGUAAAGAAUGCACAACUUUAACAAUACAAACACUUUGUAAUUCCACGGGCCUUGACUGAGACACGUGGAUAUUCUGCACAAAAUCAUAGCUAUCGCUGAGCAACAGAUAACUUGAAACUGAAGUUUUGUAUUACGAGCCCCUUUAAUUCAUUGUUUAAAUCGGAGGGGGAGGAGAAAAUGGUUUUGAUGCAGAACGUUUCCAGACCCCAACCUAAUAGCAUUUUUGUUUUUCGGGUACCCUCCCUUCAAAAUUGUUUAAAAAGUCCUCCCAAUCCUCCCAAUCCUCCUUUUGACCUGUCAAGCAUCCCAUGUUCACUAAAAAAAAAUUGAGUGCACCACAUUUUCUCCUGCGCCCCCUUCCCUCCGACUUCAAUAAUGACUGGUCCCUAAGGAUAACCACAUAGGGAAAGUUAAGUGUGCUGCAAACAAAAUGCCAAAAAAACAUGGACGACUUCACCUACAGUGGCGACUGCAGUUUGUUAAUACCAAAUAAAAUGCAGCCAAAAUGCUUUAAGGAGCUAGCCGCUCCCCAGGCUGCUACGCACUGCGACUAAAUGAUAUUAACCUAGAUUGGAAAAGAUCGCUCAUCUUGGAUAUAAAUAAAAGAUCUCUUUGUGCCGGUCUCACAAUUGCUGUAGACUGGAAGGUGGUUUCUAAUAUACCGUCAGUCUGACUAUUAAUCUAGUAUAUUAAUAGAAUAUUAAUCUAGUCAUUAUAUCCUCUAUAUCCAGUUAUGAUUUGAUUUAAACUAACAUGAUUGUCGGCUUUUUAGUCAGGGAGCUACGACAGGUUGACCAGAAUUAAUCUCCUUAUUCUCAGGAACCCAGGGAUAAAUGACUCUCCCGGGACGCCCUCUCCUUGGCUAUUUUAUCAUCAAAUGUAAUUUCCCAGGAAUUAAAAACACAUAGCUUUAUUCAGAAGUUUUUAAAACCAUGAUUGAACCUCCUCAAUUACCACUACGAAUACCCCAUAUAGUUAAAAGCCUGGCUAUGCCAUUGUUAUUUGUGCACAAAAUGAGUGAUCAAAUUAAACAGAAUCAAAGCA